GUGCAGACAAAUGAGAGUAGGCGGAACGUCUGAAUUACUCACUUCGCGGCUCUGGGGCAAUCAAAUGAUUCGGAUGCGUUUUCCGUGAGGUUACAGAAGACGCUCAAUCUCUCUACGGCGCUUUUUGCAAGUUGUUAUACUUGGACUAAAUCAACUGAUUUGUGGACAACGAAUGUUACUGAACGGAGAAUAUUAAUUCAUUUAUUUGGAGUCUAGUCUAUAUUUUGGAAAGUGCAUCAAACAAAAUAUGUCUCAUAAUAAGGAGUUGGGUUAACAUCUACGCGCUCAGCUUUCUGAUCAAACACUGGAUGCAACCUGCAUUAACAGGACUUGAUUCUAAGAACUAAGUUAAACGCUUUUGUAAUGAUGGAUUUCGAAUCGUUUGGAAUUGCCUAAAGAGGGUUCGACAUGGCCUUACUUUGGGUAACUCUACCAAUGGAUGGGAAUGUCUAAAUAAAUUGAAGUAGACAGGGAAACGCAAUGCUGUAAAUAAAGGAGUUUCACAUCUGGUAUAGUAAACCCUAGGACAGGAGACUCAGGAUGAGAAGAUGGCCACCCUGCUGCUACCACCGGGUCCUGACAGCUUGCACCGGUUCACCCGGGAGUCCCUGGCUGCCGUGGAGCAGAGAAUCGCAGAGGAGGUGGCGCGGCGCACCAAGCACUACCAGGAGGACCUGGGCGACGUGGAGCUGCCCCGGCCAAGGGCUGACCUGGAGGCUGGCAAACAGCUACCGCGCAUCUUUGGUGACAUCCCUUCUGACCUGGUGGGCGUCCCACUGGAGGACUUCGACCCAUUCUACUUCCAGAACCAGAGAACUUUUAUAGUACUGAACAAAGGGAAAGCCAUCUUCCGAUUUAGUGCCACAUCUGCACUUUAUAUUUUUAGCCCCUUUCAUCCCAUUAGAAGAGCAUCAAUAAAAGUUUUAGUACACUCAUUAUUCAGUCUGUUCAUAAUGUGCACUAUUUUGACCAACUGUUGCUUCAUGGCCAUGUCGGAGCCAGCAUAUUGGGCCAAGUAUGUCGAGUACACUUUCACUGGCAUUUACACGUUUGAAUCGAUGAUAAAGAUUCUGGCGAGGGGAUUCUGUGUGGGACCCUUUACAUUCCUGAGGGACCCGUGGAACUGGCUGGAUUUCAGUGUGAUUGUCAUGGCAUAUGUUACUGAGUUUGUGGACCUGGGCAAUGUCUCAGCGUUACGGACGUUCAGAGUCCUCAGAGCACUGAAAACUAUCUCAGUCAUACCAGGCCUGAAGACCAUUGUGGGCGCGUUGAUCCAGUCGGUGAAGAAGCUGGCAGACGUGAUGAUCCUGACCGUGUUCUGUCUCAGCGUGUUCGCCCUCAUCGGCCUGCAGCUCUUCAUGGGCAACCUGCGGCAGAAGUGUGUCCGCAGCACGGAACACUGUGUCAAUGCCACCCUAGACAGCAACACAACCUUCUUCUGCAACAACCGGACGUGGUCCUCGCUAAAUGACUUCCUUGAAGAUGAAGACAACUACUUCAAAGUGGAGGGAGCUAAGGAUGCCUUAAUAUGUGGGGAUGGAAGUGAUGCAGGGCAUUGCCCAGAUGGGUUUCAAUGUAUGAAGGCAGGAAGGAACCCUAAUUACGGUUACACAAGCUUUGACAGUUUCGGCUGGGCAUUUCUCUCCCUCUUCCGGCUCAUGACACAAGAUUACUGGGAGAACCUUUAUCACCAGACUCUGCGGUCGGCAGGGAAGACCUACAUGGUGUUUUUUGUGGUGGUCAUAUUCCUGGGUUCCUUCUACCUGGUCAAUCUGAUCCUGGCUGUGGUGGCCAUGGCGUACGAGGAGCAGAACCAGGCCACCAUCCAGGAGGCCUGGCAGAAGGAGAGGGAGUUUCAGCUGGCCAUGGAGCGCCUCAAAAAGGAGGCACAGAAAAUCCAAGAAUCGGACUCAUUGAUGUCCCCGGAACUUUCCCCGGGCCGGGUCCUGCCCGACGACAAGGAGGUGCAGCGUAGGAGAAGUUUGCAGUGGCUGGUGGAGGAAAGAGAGAAUGACGGAGAGGCGGAGGAGGGAGAUGUGAAGACAUUAAAGCCGCCACACCCUCUCCUCAUCCGCACCCUCUCCACGCGGACCCGACGCGGUAGCAACGUCAGCGUCUUCAACUUCCGCCCCCGGAACAAGGACUCGGAGGGCGACCUGGCCGACGACGAGUUCAGUGUCCACGGGGACAACGAAGGCGCGUCGAGUCGCACCGGGUCCCUGGUGGUGCCGUGGAGCAGCCGACGGAGGCCCAGCACCUACAGCACGGGCAGCCGGGGUUCCCAGGUCUUCCUCAAUGUCAACGGGAAGCUGUUCAUGGCCAUGGACCAGAACGGGGUCAGUCCGCUGGGACUCCCGUCUUGCACCAUGGAGAGGGUCAAGGAAGAGAGUGCCACUAACUCCAGCAUAGAGUUAAGCACCAUGCUGCUGUCUUGCCAGGUGGUCAGAGAAGAACAGCGGAGGGACCGGGCCCUGAGUGCUGCCAGCCAACUCACGGGCGCCUUGGAGGAACUGGAGGAGUCGCGGCAGAAAUGCCACCCGUGCUGGUACGAGUUUGCUCACAAGUACCUGAUCUGGGAGAGCAGUCCGUGCUGGCUGCGGCUGAAGGCGCUGGUCAAGGUGAUGGUGAUGGACCCGUUCCUGGACCUGACCAUCACCAUCUGCAUCGUCCUCAACACCCUGUUCAUGGCCAUGGAGCACUACCCCAUGACGGACGAGUUCAACCGCAUGCUGUACAUCGGCAACCUGGUAUUCUCUGGGAUCUUCACCGCUGAGAUGGUCUUGAAGAUCAUUGCCCUGGAUCCAUACUAUUAUUUCCAGCAAGGCUGGAACAUCUUUGACAGCAUCAUCGUGUGCCUCAGCCUCAUGGAGCUCGGUCUGUCCAACGUAGAAGGACUUUCUGUUCUCCGAUCCUUCAGACUGCUAAGGGUAUUCAAGCUGGCCAAGUCAUGGCCCACCCUGAACACGCUGAUCAAGAUCAUCGGCAACUCUGUGGGCGCCCUGGGCAACCUCACCCUGGUGCUGGCCAUCAUCGUCUUCAUCUUCGCCGUGGUGGGCAUGCAGCUGUUUGGGAAGAACUACCAGGACUGCGUGUGUAAGAUCUCCAAGGACUGCACCCUGCCCCGCUGGCACAUGAAGGACUUCUUCCACUCGUUCCUCAUCGUGUUCCGGGUGCUGUGCGGCGAGUGGAUCGAGACCAUGUGGGACUGUAUGGAGGUGGCCGGGCAGCCGCUCUGCAUCCUGGUCUUCAUGCUGGUCAUGGUGAUCGGUAACCUGGUGGUGCUCAAUCUCUUCCUUGCCUUGCUGCUCAGCUCGUUCAGCUCGGACAACCUGUCAGCGCCCGACGACGACGGUGAGAUGAACAACCUGCAGAUCGCCCUCGGCCGCAUCAAGAACGGCGCGGUCUGGCUCCGGAGCCAGAUCUGCGACUUCUUCAACGGCAACUUCAAGCGCCGGCGUCAGAAGAGCAAAGAAUCCAAGGCCAUGCUGAAGCUCAAGCGGCUGAGCCACGCCGGUCCGCCCGGCGAGCUGGGCAACGGGACAGCGUUGGCGGGGGCGGGCGUCGGGAUCGCGGUGAUUGGGCGCCACGGGGAGAGGACGCCGGAAGUUGACGACAGCUACAUGACCAACCCCAACCUGACCAUCAGUGUUCCAAUCGCCCCCGGCGAGUCAGAUGUAGAGUUCCCUGAGGAGGACGAGGAAGAGGAGGAGGAGGAGAGCGAGAGCUCAGAGGAGGAGGAGGAGGCUGCAGAGGACAAACAGGUAAAGGAUGAUGUCAGUCUGUCGGAGGGUAGCACGGUGGAUCUGAGGAAGCCAGGGGAGGAAGAGGAUGAGUUUUCAGAGAUGGCUGAAGAGACCAUGGAUCCAGACAAUUGCUUCCCUGAAGUGUGCGUACGCCAUUUCCAGUGCUGUGACAUCCAAACUACGGACGGCCUGGGCCAGCUAUGGUGGCGGCUGAGGAAAACCUGCUUCCAGAUUGUGGAGCACAGCUGGUUUGAAUCCUUCAUCAUCUUCAUGAUCCUGCUGAGCAGCGGUGCUCUGGCCUUUGAGGACAUCUACAUUGAACAGAGAAAAGUCAUCAAAGUGGUGCUGGAGUAUGCAGACAAGAUUUUCACCUACAUCUUCAUCCUUGAGAUGGCUCUCAAGUGGAUCGCCUAUGGAUUCAAGAAGUACUUUACUAACUACUGGUGCUGGCUGGAUUUCCUGAUUGUAGAUGUGUCUUUAGUGAGUCUAGCAGCUAACGCGCUGGGCUACUCCGACUUUGCUGCCAUCAAAUCGCUUAGAACGCUCAGAGCUCUGAGGCCACUAAGAGCACUGUCCCGAUUUGAAGGCAUGCGGGUGGUGGUGAACGCUCUGAUUGGCGCUAUCCCAUCCAUAAUGAACGUUCUGCUGGUGUGCUUGAUCUUCUGGCUUAUCUUCAGUAUCAUGGGCGUCAACCUGUUUGCCGGGAAGUAUGGCCGCUGCGUCAACCGGACGGGCUACAUCUACAACGUGUCCAUGAUCAACAACAUGACCGAAUGUAAAGCCAUGAACGACACACAGUUCUACUGGACUAAAGUCAAAGUCAACUUCGACAAUGUGGGCGCCGGUUACCUUGCCCUCUUACAAGUUGCUACAUUCAAAGGUUGGAUGGAUAUCAUGUAUGCUGCAGUGGAUUCUCGUGCUGUGGAGGAACAGCCAAUCAGAGAGAUCAACAUGUACAUGUACCUAUACUUUGUCAUCUUUAUCAUAUUUGGCUCCUUCUUUACCCUCAACCUCUUCAUCGGUGUGAUCAUCGACAACUUUAACCAGCAGAAACGAAAGUUAGGCGGGCAAGACAUCUUCAUGACAGAGGAACAGAAAAAGUACUACAACGCAAUGAAGAAGCUAGGGUCUAAAAAGCCACAGAAACCAAUUCCAAGGCCAGUGAACCAAGUGCAGGGUUUCUUCUUUGACCUGGUGGGCAAGCAGGCAUUUGACAUUGUCAUCAUGAUCCUCAUCCUGCUAAACAUGAUCACCAUGAUGGUGGAGACAGAUGAACAGACGAGCCAGAUGGAGUACAUCCUCAACAAAAUCAACCUGGCCUUCAUCGUCAUCUUCUCCUGCGAGUGCCUGGUCAAAAUUGUGGCGCUGCGAUGCUACUUCUUCACCAUCGGCUGGAACAUCUUUGACUUUGUGGUGGUCAUCCUCUCCAUCGUUGGUAUUGUUCUGGCUGACAUCAUAGAGAAGUACUUUGUGUCGCCCACUUUGUUCCGAGUCAUCCGAUUAGCCAGGAUUGGACGAGUUCUACGACUCAUCCGCGGCGCCAAAGGAAUAAGGACCCUACUUUUUGCCUUAAUGAUGUCCCUUCCUGCCCUGUUCAACAUCGGCCUCCUGCUGUUCCUGGUCAUGUUCAUCUACGCCAUCUUUGGCAUGGCCAACUUCGCCUACGUCAAGAAACAGGCGGGCAUUGACGACAUGUUCAACUUCGAGACGUUUGGCAACAGUAUGAUUUGCCUGUUCCAAAUCACCACGUCGGCGGGGUGGGACGGCCUGCUCAGCCCCAUCCUCAAUAACUCUCCGGAGGAGUGUGAUCCGAACCUCAUCCACCCAGGCACCAACGCCAGGGGCAACUGCGGCAAUCCCUCAGUGGGCAUCACCUUCUUUGUCACCUACAUCAUCAUCUCCUUCCUCAUCGUGGUCAACAUGUACAUCGCAAUUAUCCUGGAGAACUUCAGCGUGGCCACUGAGGAGAGCACCGAGCCACUGAGUGAGGACGACUUUGAGAUGUUCUACGAGGUGUGGGAGAAGUUUGACCCGGAGGCCACGCAGUUCAUCGAGUACGCCAAGCUGUCGGACUUUGCCGACACCCUGUCAGAGCCUCUGCGAAUCGGCAAGCCGAACAAGAUCAAGCUGAUCUCCAUGGACCUGCCUAUGGUGAGCGGCGACAAGAUUCACUGCUUGGACAUCCUGUUCGCCUUCACCAAGCGCGUGCUGGGCGAGUCGGGUGAGAUGGACGCUCUCAAGCAGCAGAUGGAGGAGAAGUUCAUGAUGGCCAACCCGUCCAAGAUCUCCUACGAGCCCAUCACCACCACACUGAGGCGCAAGCAGGAGGACGUGUCGGCCGCCGUCAUCCAGAGGUGCUUCCGCAGACACCUGGUGCGGAGGCAAAUGAAGCAGGCCUCGUUCCUUUACAGAUCCAUGCAGACCAAUCUAACUCAAAGCCCCCCGGACGAGGGCGGCAACGGCCCUGAGAAAGAGGGCCUCAUAGCCUCCAUGAUCAAGGAGAACUACGGCGGGCCCGAGAUGGAGGUGGAGACCCUGUCAUCCACCUCCUCUCCACCGUCUUACGAUAGUGUCACGCGGGCAACUAGCGAGAUCUUUCAAGUUAUAAUUCCCGAACAGUCUCGGAACAGCAGGCUGAGGGAACAUUGCCUUGCCCCAGACAGAGACCCAGACAGAGACCCAAACAGACACCAAGAGACAUUUCUGUAAUGGCAACUAGAGAAGUCCUUUUUUUUUUACCGAAUGUAACAUGGGUUGUGCAGAGACGCUGCAAGACUUUUCAUAGACAAAAAGCAAACAGUUUUGUUCUUUUUGAAGGACAUACUUUGUGGGAGAUCACAAAUGGGGUGUGUGUAAAUCCUAGAUGACCUUUGACCCUGCUCAUGUCAACGUUGCUUCACAGUUAGUAUGCAUGAAUUACCUCUGCAGGGUCACCACAAUUAUAUCACUGAUGUAAUAAUCAUUUAUUAGACUGAAGGAAAUACAUUUUAUCAAUAUUUACAAGGUAUGCCUGACCGUAUGAGUUUAUUAAAGGUCUUACUAUUGUUGGUGUGAUUCCUUAGGAUAAACAGUUUUCCAACUGUGAGAUAUGAGACAGAAAAAAAAACAAAGGAUACACUUUUUCGUAGUAAAGUAUAACUUUGUUGAUGUUACCAGUCUUUCAUAGCAGUACAAUUAUUACUAUUUUUGAUAUUCUUUAGUGUAAGAAAAAAAUGUGGCCUCUUCUGAAUUGGAGUAGAUCAUGCUAUAGAAUACUUCCAAGGGGUAACAAGACAAAAUGGCCGGUAAUUGCUUUUCAGUUAAAACAAAGCUUCAUUUGAACAGUUUUCUGUAUUUUUGCACUUAUGUUUACACUUAAAGAUAUCCUGGAAGCCCUGUAUUUUGGUUGUUUUUUUCCUUCAUGGUCUGAUCCUAGUUACACAAAGCUUAGAAGCAGUGUAGUAACCAUGAUCAGUAUGUGACAAUCAAGCCUACAUCUCAUGGUUAUGUCUGAUAGAUCUUUCUUUCUUCAUAUUUUCUGCAGGAUAAAGAAUUCCAACAGAGAUCCCAUUCAUUAUUUUACUGGUCGAUAAUCGUCCUAUUUAUUAUUUGAAGUAUUUGUUUUGCAUGUUUUGACAGCAUCAUAUAAAGAUGUCCCGCUCAAGGCUGAAAAACAAUUCUUUACCCAUUUUGCACAAACUGUGUUUAGCAAUAAGUUGCUUCUUUUUAAGUGAAUCAGUUUUAAGAUAAGUGUCAAAGUUUGUACAUAUUUGUAUUUAUUUUUUGCUUGAUCUCUUACAGACCUUGAAGCUUAUCUUGGUUCCCAACAGCUUACCACAGGCUUUACAACAGAUACUGGCACAUAUGGUUUCUAAUUGACUCAAAUAAUAAAAAAAACACCACUCAACUUUAAUAUGAUAUAUAUUUUCAGGUUAUGGUUGCAGGUGUGUUGAAGGGCUGUUUUCUGUAGCAAUAGAUCCAGUGUGCCUGUUACAAACCCCUGUCCUGUUUCUAAAUGGACAUUGAUUCACACCGUUCCCCUGUUAGAUGCCAUAGGUGUGUGAUUAGUGAUGCACUGCUAUUUAACAGUGUCUACGGGGAUUUUUAUAAAGAGAUUUCUGAUUGCAUGCUUUGUAUUGAGACAUAUGUUUAAAAGGUGAGAACGACACUAUUUAUUGCUGGUGAGGGGGGUAUACAAAAACUUUAAGGUGAAAAGGAAACUCUGCACCUCUGUCAAAUGUACUGUUUUCAUCAUUACAAGAACUUCAACACAUGCAUAGGCAAUAUUUAUUUUUCAUUCUUACGAACUGUCAGAAAUGCAAUGGCCAACAACAGGUAUCUUCUCAGCAGUAUAUGAUGGUUUUGUUGUAAUAACUAUUACUCUCAGAGCAUUUCUCACUGCUCAACCACAAUGCAGUGCCUCAGUAAAGCCCACGUUGCAGUAAAUAGUACUUAGAAUUAUGUUUCAGUACUUUAAGUUGAAGUAUUUUUAGUAUUUUGCAAACACAUGCCUCUGUAAAUAAGAUAACCUGUGAAAUAAAUGAGAAAGCCUACAAUAUCACAGAUUACUCCUUUGAUUUCAGUAACAUGGGGCAUACCUGGGUCCAGAUAUAUGUUUUUUUUACCAUGUAUGACUGAGCUGGUUUGGUGCAAUGUAAAUGUAAAAACCUGUACAUUGGAAAGCUAUAUGUGGAAUAGCGUACAGCAGUCAAUCUCCAUUUUGGCCAAUGAGAUUGGCCUUUCUCUAAGAACAAUGUCAUGGAUCAUAGUAGGACUCAUGCCACUUUAACUCCUACCUUAGCCUGGCUGACCCAAGUCACACUACACUGCAAGGCAGUGGUGUGAUAUACACUGGUGUGGAGCAGAGUUUUGGUAAAUUUGCACAAAAGUUGGCUUAAGCUUUGAUUGGUUCUUACAUUCACUAUGUUUUCAUGCAUGACACCCCUUGUUUCCCUGGUCAAUUUGCGAUGCCUUUGAGGUGCUUCAUUAAAUCAUAUAUCCUGAUCAUCAUAUCCUUCCAUAGUCCACAUCAAAACCCCACGGUGGUCCAGUUCAACCCCGGUCCAUGAGGACUGGCCCUUGUUGCAGGGGGGCCAACAAAAACGACAUACCGCUGGGUGUUUUUCCCACCCGCAGAGCUGAUCCUGAAGAAAGUUUAGUUACCAACCAUGGUCCACAACUACAGGUUGAUCCUGAAGAGAAUGUAGUUACCAACCCCCAUUCACAACUGGAAGCCAGCCUUCCCCACUAUUUCGGUGCAGAAAAGGUUUUGGGACAGAUUGUCAAGCCAAUUUUCCCAAUAUAUUUGGUGACAUGAAAUUGGGUGACAAAAAAAAAGGGUUGCAAUUUCUAAAUGGUGAAACCAGUAUGUACAUAAAUACCUUCAAAUAAAAGGUGGGAAUCUACACUUUAACUUCAUAGUAUGCUAAGAUUUUUUU